AUGUUGAUAUCGGCGGGCACUGGCCCCACACCUGACUUCUCACCGGCUUCGUGUUGCGCGUCCUGGAAGAUGGAGCCGGCGCCGGCAGCCAUCUCGCAAACGCUCAACAUUUCGCCCAAUGUUCCAGUGUCGCCGUCAUCGUCGGGUGGUUCGACGUCUUUGUAUCCAGGUGGCGCGUCACAUCCGCUCUCGUCACUUCUUUCGCAACAGCGGCUGCUCGAGCUGUCGCGUUUCGGGCUCAGGCACUACGACAUCGCUCAUCAUGUGCUGUCUCAGCAAGGUGCUGUUACCAAGCUUCUUGGUACUCUUCGGCCGCCAGGUCUGAUCGGGGGAAGUAAACCGAAAGUGGCAACACCAGCCGUCGUUUCCAAGAUAGAGCAAUACAAGCGUGAAAACCCAACGAUCUUCGCGUGGGAGAUUCGAGAGCGGUUGAUUUCCGAAGUGCGCAAUACCGGUGCACCGCGGCUCGCGAUCGUCUUGAAUUACAAAGCGUGUGGUGCUCUUGCGUGUUCCAACUUCCAACUUCGCCUUGCUUUUGUGUAA